AUGCUACCUCUGAGAACAGUCAUUUGUCUCAUUGUAUUCUUAUGCAUCGAGAUUAACAGUUCUUUGUCAUUGGAUGCCCCGUGUCACAAUGCUAGAUGGAAUACAAACGGAAUGACUAUUGUAGACAAUUUAGGCAUUCUCGAUGACGGAAUGCAUGAAAUGCAUCGUCUGGUUAUUGCCAUGGACACCCAAGAUAACCUGAUAGUUGCAUCAGAUUUUACCAUACGAAAAUAUUUUCUCAAUGGUACUAUCGAAACACUAGCUUCCGGUGUUGUUGCUGAUUCAAUGUUUAUUGAUCGUUUUGAUAAUAUCUACUACAAUUUUGAGUAUAUUCUUUAUAAAUUAGAUAAAAAUGGAGAAACAUCUAUAGUGGCUGGUUUAUCACCUGGAUCUGAUCUCGAUCAAUUGUCCGAUGUGAGCGGUAUUUAUGUCGACAAGCAAGGAACAGUCUAUAUUUCUGAUAAAGGUAAUAAUAGAAUAGUGAAAUAUCCACUCAAUGCGAUAACCGGUACGAUUGCUGCUGAUGACCAACUUAACAAUCCGUUGGGAAUAUUCAUGGAUGAAAAUCAGAACGAAAGAACACUCUAUGUUUGUGACACAAAUAAUCAUCGAAUUCAACGGGAAGGAAUAUCGAUUAUUGGAAAAGGUGUUCAAUCGAUAUUUGAUGAUUCAUUCAAUCCACACAACAUAUUUGUUGAUUUCCAUGGUAUUGUUUACGUAUCCCAUGCAAGAGGAUUAUUCAGAUGGUCACCAAUACAAAAACGUGUGCAAGUUGUUCUGGAAUGGGAAUGCCCACACUUUUUUGACGAAUGGACGGAACAUCCUGUGUCUUUUACUUUCGAUUCGGACUGGAAUCUCUAUGUCACAGAUAGAGGAAGUGGUUCAGUCAAAAAGUUUCUUUUUGAUAGAAAUUCCUGCGAAUAA